GGGGCGGUGCCGGGGCGGGGUUCAGCCGGGAGCUGGAUUGGGCCGGAGCUGCCGGUCCCAGGGUGGUGCCGAUGGAUGCCAGAGGUGCUGGUCGGUGCUGGUGCCAGGGAUGCUGUUGCCGGGGAUGCUGAUCCCAGGUGCCCGGGCAGUGUUGGUGCCGGUGCCAGCAGAAAUUCACAGUACCGGGCCGGUGUCGGACUGGGAGAGGUACCGGGGAGUUGCCAGGGAUACCGGUCCUGGAUGUUGGCGGUAUCAGGGGGUGCCGGACUGGGGCGUGGCUGCUGCUGCCGGUCCUGGUGCCGCUGGAUGCCAGCGGUACCGGUCGGUGGGGAGUUGCCGGUCUCGGUGCCGGUGCCGGUCUCGAUGCCGGUGCCGGUGGGUGCCGGUGCCGCCCGCCAAGGGUUAAUGGCAGUCGGUGAAGUUGCCGGGCGGCGGCGCGGCGGGAUUGGCCCGAAGUUGUCGGGGCGGGCCGGGCCGUGCCGAGCCCCGCCGGGCCGCCCCGCCCGCGGCCCCCCGCCGCCCCCCGCCGCCGGCGGAGCCAUGCGCCCCGCGCCGCUGCUCGGGCUCCUGCUCUGGGCGCCGCUGCUCUGGGCGCCGCCGGUGCGCGGCUUCCGCCACGGCGUCCACUGGAACGGCAGCAACCCCAGGUUCCUGCGGGACGACUACUCCAUCCAGGUGGCCAUCAAUGACUACCUGGACAUCUACUGCCCGCACUACGAGGGGGCGGUGCCCGCCGGGCGGGCAGAGACCUUCACGCUCUUCAUGGUGGACCGGGAGGGCUAUCGUGGCUGCUACGAGACCCCCGGUGCCUUCAAGCGCUGGGAGUGCAACCGGCCCCGGGCGCCCUUCGGGCCCGUCCGCUUCUCCGAGAAGAUCCAGCGUUUCACCCCCUUCUCACUCGGCUUCGAGUUCCAGCCGGGGGAGACCUACUACUACAUCUCCGUCCCCAGCCCCGAGAGCGCCGGGCGAUGCCUGAAGCUGCGCGUCACCGUCUGCUGCCGAGGCACCACUCCAGAGCCGGUGACAGAGGUGCCAAAUUCGCAGCCCCGAGGGCGCGGGGGCCCCGAGGAUGUGGUGCCUGCCCGGGGUACCGCGGUCCCAUCACAGCCCUGCAGCCCGUGCCUGGCGCUCCUGCUCCUGGCCCUGCUCUGGAUCUGACCCCGGCGCUGCCCGUGGCGGGGGGAUGGGCUCCUCUGCCCCAACGCCGUUUCCAGACUCUUCCUCACAGCCAACACCCCCAAGCCCGUGGGGCAGCCCCAGGCCAUGACCCACCUGCUGGACCUCCGCAAAGCCGAGCUGGGGCCGGGAGCUCCGGGAUGGAAGGGUUCUCUUCCUCUCAGGGCCGUCGCUUGCCACCGGCAUCGCCGCACAUCGGGAUUGCCGCGAGUCAGCAUCGCCACGCGCUGGGAUUGCCACACCCUGGCACUGUCCCACCGGCCACCUGCCCUGCUGCUGGGGUCCCCUCAGUGAACGCCUGAUCCGCCCCACGGCCAUCACCUCAUCUCGUGCCUUUCCCCACGGACCCCCACCCCAGGGGCCCAGGGACCCCCAACCCCCGAGCGGAGCAGCCGCUCCGAUGGCGGCAUCCGCCGCUGCCGUGUCCUCCUCCAGCGAGGACACACUGAUCUGUCUUCUGGGAAGACGCCUUCCUCCGUGCCCUUGGUUUGGUUUUAACCCCUGGUAGUGACUGAGCAAUACAGUAUUUGCAAGAUC